AUGAAAAAUGUCAGUCUUCUUUCUGAGUUUGUCCUUCUGGGACUUUCCAGUGACCCUGAGAUUCAGAUUAUGCUCUUUGUGCUGUUCCUGGUGAUUUAUCUUCUGACUCUGGUGGGAAAUGUAGUGAUGAUUCUAAUAAUCAAGGUUGACCCUCACCUUCACACACCUAUGUACUUCUUCCUUGGACAUUUAUCUUUUUUAGAUCUCAGCUUCUCCUCCAUCACUGUGCCUAAGAUGCUACAGAAUUUCCUCUCUCAGAAGAAAAGCAUCUCUGUGUGGGGUUGCAUUACCCAGAGUUUCUUUUUCACUCUUACUGGGGGAGCAGAAGCUUGCUUGCUCUCUGCCAUGGCCUAUGAUCGCUACACUGCCAUCUGCCACCCUCUGGUCUACACCAUGAUCAUGAACAGACCUUUCUGCAUGGCUGUUGUCAGCACUGCAUGGGCAGUGGGCUUCCUGAUUUCCUUGCUGAACUGCCUAUUCAUCUGGAAUUUACACUUCUGUAGUUCCAACAUCAUCCAGCACUUCAGCUGUGAGCUGCCUCCGCUUUUCCUUCUGUCCUGCACCGAUCCCACUGUCAAUGAGAUUCUUCUAGCUGGAUCAUGUGCAUUUUUAGGAGUACUAACACUUCCUCUGAUUCUCUUCUCAUACUCCAGAAUAAUUUCUGCGAUAUUGAACAUUGGUUCCUCUACGGGUCAAGGCAAAGCCUUCUCCACCUGCUCCUCUCACCUCACUGUGGUCCUCUUGUUCUAUGGGACAACUUUUUUCAGGUACCUAAGCCCCACAUCAGGCUCAGUGUUGGAACGAGUGAUCUCCAUUCAAUACAGUGUGAUCACGUCCUUACUGAACCCACUCAUCUAUAGUUUGAAGAACCAGGAAGUAAAGGCUGCACUGCAGAGAAUGCUGAGGCAACCACAGCGUGGCUUAGGGUAA